UAAUUUGGGGAUUUCAUUUCCACGCCCUGAGAUGGUUCAAGGCUGAACCCGCAGAUCAACAAAUUCCUCAUCAGGUCCCUCGUUUGCCUCCUUGAAGAAGCUCCUCUUCGGCUCAAUCGUCAUCACUCUCAAUUCCAAAUCCAUCGAUCACUUGUAGAAAACCCGAUGACACGACGGAAUAUUAUCGUUGCCACUGGGUUGAUAGCCUUUGCAUCUGCUGGAUUAGCCUUUCCCUUUUACAUGGCGUCUUCCAAAAAGCCAGUUAUAGAUCCGGCAAAGCCACUUCCCCCGCAGGCCACUUUUCGAGGUCCUUAUAUAAACACUGGUUCCCGGGAUGUCGGACCCGACCAUCAAACUUACACCAAGAAGUGAUUUAUCUUGAAUGUUGCUAAUGUGCCCUGUCAAAUUUACAGGUUUCUUUUGGAUGCCUACUAUGUUGUGAUGUUAUGUGGUGGCACUCAUAGUUGGGAAUGCAUAAUGUCGGACGCCCAUAUACUACUUCAAACGGUCUUUCUUUCGUUGCCGAAUGAUAAACAUUACAUAAAUGAGAAAAGGAUAGGGAGAGAUUUGAAUACAUGUUUGAGUUUUAUAGUUACAACUUCCACAAUAAUUUUGUAACAAACAUUACGUAAGGUAUCGGUUCGGAAAUC